AUUUCGUCAACAAAAAAGACAUAUGUUACACUUUAGUAUGUUUUUUUUAUUCUAAAAAAAAAGUGAUCCGAUUCGCCUCGGUCUACCCUAUAUAUAAAGGCGUAGGCAAGGCAUUGUAUAAACCAAUACCAACAGUGCGUCGGAAAGCAAUAAAAUAGUCAAUGUUUUGAUAGGACUGACAUCACCAAUUCGCAGACGCAGAAUGUUGCAGCAAAACAUUGUGGUUGUAAAGAACGCUGUGAAGCGUUAUGGGAAAGAAGAGUUGGUGCUCGACGGAUUGAAUAUGACGGUUUCAAACGGUUCCGUAUACACGCUGUUGGGGGCCAGCGGAUGUGGCAAGACAACCCUGUUGUCCUGUAUCGUCGGAUUACGUUAUCUCGACAGUGGAGAGAUGUGGGUCUUGGGGGGAUCUCCAGACAGUGUGGGCUGCGGAAUUCCAGGGCCUCGGGUGGGUUAUAUGCCGCAGGAUACCUCUUUAGUCGAACUGUUUUCUACAAGCGAUGCUCUUUAUUACUUCGGCAGGAUCAAUGGGCUUGACGAUAAGGAGAUCGAAACGAGACAUAGGUUUUUCUCGGAAUUGUUCCAACUGCCUCCAGCAAAUCAGUUGGUGAAGAACAUGAGUGGAGGUCAACGAAGAAGGGUUUCCUUUGUCGCCGCAUUGAUGCAUAAGCCCGAAUUUCUAAUUCUCGAUGAACCCACCGUAGGUUUGGACCCAAUUUUGAGAGACAACAUUUGGGCUUAUCUGAUCAAACUAACACAGGAGGAAGGCACCACCGUAUUGAUGACGACGCAUUAUAUCGAAGAGGCUAAACAGGCUAAUACAGUCAGUUUAAUGAGACAUGGUAAAUUGUUAGCUGAAUCGGCGCCGCAAAAAUUACUGGAGAAAUUUCAAUCCUCGUCAUUGGAUGAAAUUUUCCUGAAAUUGUGCGAGGCACAGAAUAAUGCAGUCACUUUAACUGAAGAUCAGGGAUCCAAUAUGGAAGACACUGGUGGCGAUGCCUUUAAUCACGAUCGAAACAAAUAUGAACAACUACAAGGAAACAAAACGGUUUCGAAAAGACAAGUUUCACGAUUAAGAAGGUUCAAAGCUCUAUUUGUGAAGAACAGCAUCCAAUUUACCCGUGAUUACUCAAUAGUAAUUUUUGCGAUAUUAAUACCGAUAUUCUCAUGGGCUGUGUUACUUUUGGCAAUUGGCGAUGAUCCAAAGAACUUGAAUAUCGGGAUUGUUAACGAUGAAGCUGGCAAUUGCGACAGCAGCAACUUUGGCAAUAUUUGGAAUGAUGAAAUCAGCUGUCACUUCAGCAACCUCAGUUGUAGAUUUCUGAACAAUUUGGACGACUCCAUUGUGACACAGAAGUACUAUAACAAUAUUUCAGAGGCGAAAUAUGAUGUUCAAAGAGGAGAACUUCAUGGUAUAAUAUAUUUUCAUCAUAAUUUUUCUGAAGCUUUAAAAAUACGAGUGGAACAUGUUACUUUCGCGAAGGAUUCCGAUCUUCUUGCUAGUCAGAUUCAAGUUUUCCGUGAUAUGAGCGAGCUACAAAUAGGACUUUUUCUACAGAAGCAUCUAUUUGAAUGGUUUCUAGACGUUUUCAAGGCUAUCAUGAGUGACUGUAAAUAUUUGCCAAAAGUAGCCACUCCGCCGAUACGAUUUGAAGAUCCUAUAUAUGGUACUACUGAUUUAAAGUAUAUAGACUUCGUGAUACCAUCAAUUCUAUCAGUAGUAGCCUUCAAUAUGGGCAAUGUUGUCUCUUCCAUCUUGAUAAUCACAGAUCGAGAGGAGGGUGUCUGGAAUCGAAGCUUAGUUCAAGGGGUUAAAGCAAAAGAAAUUCUGCUGUCUCACAUUGUUGUUGAGAGCAUCAUCACAAUUAUCCAGUCCAUUACGAUAAUUCUCUUAGUCUUCCCUGUAUGGGGUUUGGAAUGUAAAGGAUCGAUAUUGGUUAUAAUCUUCCUUUUCUUUCUCAACACGUUUUGUGGAAUGAUGUGUGGUUUUGUUAUAUCUGCCUUUUGCACAACUGUUUCGUCGGCCAUAUUCUUGUCAAUCGGAAAUUUCUUAACGACAAUAUUAAUGACUGGAUCUUAUUGGCCAACAGAGGCAAUGCCGACAUGGCUUGACUGGAUUAGCUACAUAUGGCCAACUACAUUGGCCUCCCAAUCUUUCAGGGGAAUCAUUUACAAAAAUUCUUCCAUUUCUGAUUCGGAAGUUUAUAUUGGUUUUAUAACAACAUUAGGGUGGACAGUGCUGUUCUUUGUCGUAACUAUAUUUGGUAUGAAAUUGAAAUCGUAGUAUUAUUAGAGGUUUUUGUCUACAUUAUAUAA